UAAAACGGCUUGUCAUUCUCUGUCCACGAUUUCAUAACUCAAUUUCCGUAGAAACUUACCCGAGAUUUAAAAAUAUUUACACAGCAGCGUGACAAAGCUCCCAAACCCCGACACGAAACUUCCGAAACAGUUAGAUGACGUGCGCGCACUCAACUCUACUCUGCAAAGGUCAUCACGCUGCACCACCACCUAACGUCAACUAUUGUCUAUGUUUUGCAUUGGCGCGAUGUGCUCCACAACCCUAAACAUGCCCCGGGGGUACGCGUUAUCGACCCUUUGCUACCCUCAGACAGUAUCCCGCCAGAAUGCCGUAACGGCUGACCUAGGUUCGAGCUCUCGUUGACUUCCGCUUUUUCGGGAAGUUCUUUCGCACAAUGCACCGAUUCCGAGUGACCCAGCUGAACGUUAUCCUGACCACAAUCCUUCUGCAACUACUCCCCAACGUCAACUGCGCCAAGGUGACCUGGCCGGCGCUCGAAAUCCAGUCGGACAACUUCUUCGACCCGCUGAUGACGUCCUUCUCCAAGUUUCCCUUCCACGACAUCUACGAAACUCCGUCGGAUUGUCUGCUCUGCGGCCAGAACAGCCACCAGCAACAGUCACGUGUCCCGUCCUCCAAAUCCUUCCGCGAGUGGACCAAACAGAUCCAGCAAAGCGUGGACACCAGCACCGAGGAGGGUCGUAGCAGGCUGUGCGAGUUCCUGGCGAUGUUUCCCGUUGGAAGGGGCGGCGAUGAAAAGCUUGGUCCCGGUGGAAGGAGACGGUUCUUGCCGCUCAAGCUGAGAAAGCUGCUCAAGUACUGCAGUGCAAAUCAUUGAGCUUGCUGGAAUA